AAACACAGAAUACACAGCAACACUUAAUCUUCGUUUAAAAAAGUCUAGUUUUACGAAUUCAGCUUUACCACGGUUUACUCAUAAUUGUGUUCCUAAUUCUUCUGUUGCACUUGGUUUUCAACCAGUUAGUAUCGAAACUCAAAGUGAUCAAAAUGGGCAAGGAACGUUCGAACAAUUACAGAAAUGUGUUGAUAUUUAUAAUAAUUCUGGGAAUGGGAGUACAGCUCUUGAAAUUUACAAUUCUUAA